ACGCCAUUCAGUAGCCUAUUAAUCUGCACGCGAAGACGGAGCCUAUUUUGCCCUCCACUACUUGCCCUGGUAUCUGAAAUUGCGCACAUCUCUGAUCAAGGGGCCGCAGACGGAGGCGCACAGCCCGUGUUUGCGUUUUCCCUCGGUGUCGCCUUCCUGAGAGAAAGGGUGGCAGAAAAGGGGAUGAAUGAAAAGUUGGGGAUGAAUGGAGCUCUGCCCUCUUUAAUGGACACGGGAAAGGACGUGAGGCGUUCCGGAGGAAAGCGAGAGCGCAGGCGCCCCACCCCUGCCUUCAAUUAAAAAAUCUCAAGGUUUUUCUGUGCAAAAGCGAAGAUGGCGACAGACUGAAACAGCCAGCGGAACAGGGUUAAAGAUGAUGAGGAGGUACAGCUCUCUACACCACACUCGGAAGAAAAAAUAAGUGCAAUGCCUGACCAUUUGAAGAGGACCAUUCUCAAAUAAGAUUUCUUUACUGGACGUUGCUAUGCGUUUCCUGGAUGAUGCUCAACUGGCGAUGGACAUGUCGGUCGGCUUUCGCGGCAUGUCUAAAUUGAGACUGUUUAGGGAAUAUUACGCCGGUCGUAUUCAUUCUGUUAUGAAUUGUGAAAAUUAAAGGCCAGUGGUUCGACAGUUGUUUGAUUCCCUCGAUUCAACAGCGUGGACAAAUACAUCUAUCAUCAUGUUGCAAACGAGGUAGGUGACAUUGUUUUGGGGGAUAUAUUGCGGAGGUGACAAGCCCAUCUGAGCUCGCUUUUGUCUCCCCCCCUAAAAUAUGAUCAGGGGUGCUUGGAUGUGUCGAAGGGAAGAUGACGCUGUGGUAAAAAUUUGCUGUGCACCCAAACAAAGCGACAAACCAUGUACCGACUCAGAGAGGGUACAGAAAUGGCGAAUGUCUUUGGCAUCUCUCUUAUUUUUCACCGUCCUUCUCUCUGACCACCUCUGGCUGUGCGCGGGAGUUAAGCUCAAGUCCAAAGACAGGAGCCAGCGUAGAGCCUGGGGCAACGCCACCGACGGGGCCCAGCCGGUCCUCGGGGGAGAUAAAUGUGUUUUUCUUAGCAAUCAGACCAAAUCCGCGCCCCCCACUCCUCAGUGCACUGACCCCCAGAGCCGGACGCCUCUGGAGUCCUCAUGCAUGGCUCUGUAUCGGCAAAAAAUCGGCCUCAUGGGAUCAUUCUCAGCUUCCGCGGUCAUGUCCCCCCAUAUGUUCUUGGAAUACUUUCGGAAUUUCAGCCUCUCUUUUUGUGACACUUACUCCGUGGCAGACCUGCUGCAGGGCAUGGCGAGCCCGGACGGGUUGAACUGCAGCCUCGCGAACGUCAUCCGGGAACUGUUCGGCGGCGGAGAGGAAGACGGGGAUCUGUGCAGCGCGUGCGUCCAGGCGUACGCUAGGCUGGAUCAACAUGCUCAGGAAAAAUAUGAGGAGUUCGACCUCCUCUUUCUCAAGUACCUAUCAGAGGACUAUUCCGUCAGAUCGCACACAGAGUACUGUAAGUCUGUGUACAAAGCCUGGCUGUGUUCUGAGUACUUCCCCACCUCGCAGCAGCAGUGCCUCCGCCGCAUCCCGUGCAAGCAAUACUGCCUGGAGGUGGAGACCAGCUGCCCCUUUGUGCUGCCAGACAACGACGACCUCGUCUACGGAGGCCUGUCCAGUUUCAUCUGCACAGGGCUGUUGGAAGAUCUGGACAGCAGUGGGGGACCAGAGUGUUGUGACGUCAGAUGGAGCGGAUGCGACCCAUCCAUGGGGGCAGCGUGCGCUUUGACCCAGCUCCAGGGGUCGUCGCCAUGGCAGCCGAGGUCGUGGCAGGCAGUGUCAUGUGCCUCGCGCCUCUGCAGUGGCAGACUGAAGCUGUGCAUGCUCGUCCUCAUCCUACUGCACACUGUUGUCUCCAUCACAACUGUUGGCGGCGGCAACGCAGGCCUGGACGCCAUGGUGACCCUGGAGGAGAGUCCGGUCAGGGAGGAGUGACCUUAACAAGCAGCACCACGCCAAUCCUCUGCGUGCUCCAAUCUCAUCUGCCAGCCACAUCCUUUCUUUUCCUGCCUCUCCUUCAUGGACAAAUCCAACUGACUCCUCUCUCCGUAGGCGUGGUAGAGAUCUGCCAUCGCAUUGCCCCCCCCCCAGCCUCUUGCUGAGAGAUUCUGAGACAUGGGACGGACAGCCCACUUGACCUGAGAAAGUCCCACCUCUUCCCCCUCCAAAAUCAGAUGGUGAUUGGUUCCCCUGCCCGAUAGCGGUGUGAUGUCACAGUGCAGGGUAUGAGUACAAGUGGCCUAUUUACACUGAUUCUGUUUUACAGGCUCGUUUUCGGAACUUCUGUGUCCAUGUUACUGCUGCUGUCUCAGCCUCAAACAUUUGCUUUUCAUUUUGUUUUCAGCUAU